AUGGAUGGAGAUAUACACAGCCCGGAUUCCAAGCGCAUACAUCGCCACCGUCUCAAUCGCACCAACGACUUCGACGACGUCUUGCGCGAGUUCUCCAAGCACUACCAGAUCAAAUCCGGCUUUGGAAAAGCAGGGAGACCACCCAAGCUGCCCUUUCAACACCAAGCAUUAGCCCUGGUGCACUUCUACCGCUGCUUGUGA